AAUGUAAGUGUAUCUUUGAAUAUUUUUAUUAACCUUGCAUGAUGACGCCUCUUUGGGCCUAAAACUGCACCGCGCUCGUGAUUUAUACGACAAGCGAUGUUUUUGGUGGUGUUGUACUUUUUACGACGGCGCGCGUCCUGAAGAGUUAAUGUUUCCUUACCGGUGUCUUUACAUAGUUUAUAUUUUUAAAACAAGUACUGACUCACUAAUGAUUCCGAAGAUUCGGGGUAACAAUGAUUCCUUAAAAUUUUCGUCAUUCCGAAGCAAACAUUAUAAUCUAGUUAUUUAAAUGUUUUCGUAGGUAUGGGUGAUGCUGAAUAGCAAUGCGUUUUUUUACCUUGGCUGUCUGGGCUACCUAAUAUGGGUAGAUAUUUUCAUGAAACUUAGUCAAUGUAGGUACACUUGGCGAGGUACCUAUUAACGUGCCUCUGGAGUCGAUAUAUUGAUACCUGUUGGCUUCAGGUACAAAUUUGUUAUGCUCUCAUCGAAUAUAAAAGCCGAAAAGAUCCAACUAAUAGGCACCAAAGCUAUUCAAGUGUUUUAACUGAGUGAACCGAAGAGUAAGCAAAGAGCUCAGUAUACAUCGAAGUAAUCGAAAUAGUCAUGGAUUCUGGAAGUUCGCAUCGUGCUCGCAGAUCUCGGACAGCGGAAGUAUGCCGUUUGUGCCUUAAAAAGCGAUACCUCGUCGACAUCGAUUGCAAUCAAUACCUUUGUAUGCAGCUAAAGGAGUGUUUUCCACAUCUAUCGCCGGACGAUAGUGAACUUCCGAGGUUUGUGUGUGGCGAAUGUUAUCAACUGGUGGAGAUAACGUACCAAUUCAUCAUCAGGGCCCGUCGCACAGAAGUUCUUCUACGAUCAUAUGUACACAUGGGAGGAGAUUUCCCCAACGAAGGGACACUGGAAGCAGAAUAUCGUCGGCGUCCGAAACGAUCAGCAUCACCGGAGAAGGAUAGCCAGGAGGAGAAUCCAGCAUCGAAGAAGAGGCGAUCAUCCGAAGAGUCAUCGAAAAAGAGGCGAUCAUCCGAAGAGUCAUCGAACAGUAAGAAAGACAACGAGCGGAAUUCAUCGAAGCACAUUGAGGAAGAAGGAAAGGAUUCAUCGAAGCACAGGGAUGAUAGUAAGCGAGAAUCGACGAAACACAAGGAGAAGGAUUCAUCAAGACACAAACAAACAUCAAAUCGCUCAUCAUCGUCUUCAAAGCGUAAAGAGAAGGAGGGCUACACCAAUAAGAACACCAUGCUACCUACUAAAGCAAUGACGGAGGCUGAAUUGAAACGAUAUCAUAAUUCGGAUGAAUAUUUGUUUGGUGGAGCAGUGGAUUUGGAACCAGUUAAGACGCAAAACGACCGUGUUGAAGAAAUCCAACCCCCAAAGUAUGCGGCUAUACGGAUGGAAUCUGUUGCUAGUAAUUUGAAAGGAAUUUCAUUGAAAAUGUCAUACGAAGAAAUGGCGAAUGUUCUGACAGCUCUUCAGACUAUUCAAAAUGGUCAGACGGUAAGUAUCUGAAUGCUCUGAAAGGAUAUACAAUAAAUAUUUGAAAAUUAUAUAACUUCUUUAUUUUUUCAACUUCCCUGGUUGUUUGUCAUCUUUCGCUGGUUUAACUUUGCUUUGAUUUUGAAGAACAUGCUUGGUUGGGAGAUCCUUGAAACUUUAUUUUAUUACGAUUUUCAGGGGAUCUGUAAUGAGCAAUGUACAAUUUGUACAGGGAUUUCAGUAGGGUUGCGUCGUGUAAUGCAGGAGCAUAUUCAAAUUUAUGAGGAUUUUUAUGAUAUUCUCAGGGACGACACGGAAGGAUGUUUUUUAAUAACAUUAAUGCAAUAACAACUAUAACAUUAAAUCCAAACAUUGUUUAUACCGGAAA